GAGCAAGUGAGUGAGGGUGGGGGAGAGCGAGGGAGGGAGGAAUGGAGUGCAUGGGGGCAGGACCUCAGAGAAGGAGCCAGGCUCAAGGCAAGAGAGUUUUUGGUUUUCUGUGACUAGAAAGUUAACAGCUGUACCUCAGGGCAUGUUGAAAGACCUCCUUUGUAUUGAUAAAGCUUUCCCGCCAUAAUGGGGAGGACUUAAAAGAACAAAAUGUAAAAACAAAAAAACCCUUUUCCAAGUACAGUAGAACCUUCUGCAGUUAAGGAAAGGAGAAGAGUUCUUUCUCCCAGUUGAAAUGGGAAGCGUUUAGAUACUACAGUAAUGGGUGUUGUCAAAAGGCUUUGGGGGAAAAAGUUCCAAAGGAUUAUCAGCCUGGGGUAAAAAAUAAAGAUCAGGAUAGAAGUACUGCAUGCACAUCCUCAGCUAAACUUAAAAUAACUUUGCAGAAAGAUAACAUGUACAAUUAAGCACUUUCAGACACUUCUUGAAACUAAGCAUAUUAAUUAGUGUCCAGCAGUGUUACAGGCUUCACAGUAUUCUGACAUUACCUUUGUAGUGAAGUGCUGUGACUCACAAAAUAAAUGAGACUGUGAGUAAAGAGAAAUGUGGCUGACAGUGGCAUGGUCCUGUUGAGUGCCACUACACAACCUUUAGGUUUAUAGAAGUUUGUUUUCAUACUCCAUACCACUUGGUAGGAUAAAUCUUUGCUUUUCAUCCAGUAUAUCUAAUAGUGUAAUUACAUAAGCACAUGCCAUCUUUUUUCUUAAUUUAUCUUCUGGUUUUCUGACACUUAAAUAGAUGUAUGCAUAUGAAUUUGAAAACGUGCACCAACAUGAUUAUAGAAAUGCCCAAGAUUUUUACUUCCUCCUUUGCUUGGGUGUUGGUUCUUGCUAUUAUACCUCUAUUUUGUUACUCAAAUUUGUAGGAUUUUUCUAGUUUUCUCAGUUCUUUAUAUUAUCUGAUUCAGUGAUUUGUAAAUAUUCACAUUCUUUUGUCUUUGGUUUUUAUUAUGACCCAUUAUAACUGGAGUAAAUUUCACUUAAUAUUACAUUAGCUGGCAUAGAAUCUGCUCUGUAGUGCAGUGUCCCAAAUUAUGUAAAGAAUUUAUAAUCACAGAUAGUAUUGAAUACUUACAUUAAGGACACAAGAAAAAUAGUUUAUAUAUAAACAUAUAUAAUUUAAGAAUGUCAAUAUUGUUCCUGGUGGAUCAAAUACUGUCUAUUACAUUGUGCUCCCAAGUAUUUCAGAGGUGAAAAUGUUAUGCUAAGCAGCCAAGACACCAGUUUUCACAGAGCAUGCACAGAUUAACCAAAAAAAGUGUGUAAGUACAGAAAGCUAGAAUAAAGCCAUUAAAAGAUAAAUAGAUGUAUUGAAAGGCAAAAAUUUUGCUGCUGUAAUUAAAAUGUCAGUGUAUAUGUUUUCUGGGGCUUUAUAAACAUAAUCUUAGCGUUCCGCUUUACUGAAAUUUGGCAUAUUAAGUCUUCACUCAAGAGUGCAUUUAAUGAAUAUCUAAAUAAAAUUGUUAGCAGGAUGCUUAAACAUACCUACAUUUUUACCACAUUGGGUUGCUUUCAAAUUAAGAAAUUAAGUGAUUGGAUUAGUAAAAACAGUAAUUUGGCAAAGAAAUUAUAUUACAUUAAGGUCUAAUAAACUACAACUCAAAUGUAAAUGACAAGUGGCUUUUAAUUAGAUGUUUUACAUGGGUUUAUUAUUGCAUUCCUUGACAAGUAUUUACAGCACUCUGUUUUGCUAUGUCAAUACAUAGGCACUUGUAUUCAUAUGCUCUACAUAUUACGGAAACAAAAUGCUACCAUCUUAUCCAAUUGGUAUUUACCCAGUUGGAGAAUGUUUAUCUUAAAAUAAGAACAAACUUCCACAGAAUGUUUUCUUUCUAAAAGCAAUUAAAUUAAUAAGAAUCUCCCACCUAAAAAACCUCCAACCUAUUUAGAAACCACUAAGGUGUACAGAAUCAGGGCCUAAGUGUACAUCAGCUGGUCAACAUGCUUAUUAGUACUUGUAUAGACAAGAUGCUGUGUAAAAGUGAUUGUCUUCCCUCAGUGUGAACUCAGAUGGUGCUUACAAAAAGACAAAGAAAACACUGAAUUUUUAAAUGCUGAAAUGAAAAUAGUACUCAUAUAUUAAUCAUACAUGUGACUUUUGCCCAUAAUGUUUAUAUUUUGGUAGUAAAAAUCAGUUUAAUGAAGUGUAAAGGAUUUUUUUCAGUUGGGCGAGAACGAACCGAAAUACUAUGUAUUUUUAUUUUUGCACAAAGCAUGAUCUUUCUCCUUUUCCCUUUUUAUAAACAAAAGCAUAACUUAUUUCAUUUUAUUUUAAAUGUCUAACCCUAUGAUUAUUGAUGCAGCAUCCCAUAACUAAUGCUGACCCAAUUUCCCAAAAAGAUGUUCAUUGUGCAUUUAAAAGGUUGACAAGGUUUUUGUGGUUUAAAUGUUGUUACAUAUUUUACAGCAUUAGGAUCUAUGGAAUAUUUUGACAACUGCAACAGUUCAAUGAAGUUGCAAGGAGCAAAUAAUGCAGAAAAAUUUGACUAUAUGAUGCAGUUUAUGAAUAAUAUGGCUGGUAACGAAUAUGUUGGAUUCAGUAAUGCCACGUUCCAGUCUGAAAGAGAGAGUGGAGAUCGAAAUUUUGCAAUUGGCUACUAUCUGAAAGAAAAGAAGUGUUUUCCAGAAGGCACAGACAUGGUUGCUAUAUUAGACUUCUACUUUCAGCUAUGUUCUAUCGAAGUGACCUGUGAAUCGGCUAGUGUGAUGGCAGCAACUCUGGCUAAUGGUGGCUUUUGCCCAAUUACUGGUGAAAGAGUAAUGAGCCCUGAAUCAGUCCGGAAUACCUUGAGUCUAAUGCAUUCUUGUGGCAUGUAUGACUUCUCAGGACAGUUUGCCUUCCAUGUUGGUCUUCCUGCAAAAUCUGGAGUUGCUGGUGGCAUUCUUCUGGUUGUUCCUAAUGUUAUGGGUCUGAUGUGCUGGUCACCUCCUUUGGACAAAAUGGGCAACAGCGUUAAAGGGAUUCACUUCUGUCAUGAACUGGUUUCUUUGUGCAAUUUCCAUAAUUAUGAUAACUUGAGGCACUUUGCAAAGAAGCUUGAUCCUCGCAGAGAAGGUGGUGAUCAGCGGGUGAAGUCUGUGAUAAAUCUCCUGUUUGCUGCCUACACUGGGGAUGUAUCUGCACUCCGAAGAUUUGCUUUGUCGGGUAUGGAUAUGGAGCAGAGAGAUUAUGAUUCACGAACAGCAUUGCACGUAGCAGCUGCAGAAGGUCAUGUGGAAGUAGUUAAAUUUUUGCUGGAAGCCUGCAAAGUGAAUCCUUUCCCCAAAGACAGAUGGAAUAACACCCCUAUGGAUGAAGCUUUACAUUUUGGACACCAUGAUGUAUUUAAAAUUCUUCAAGAAUUCCAGAUCCAGUACACACCUCCAGAGGAUUCCAGCGAUGGAAAGGAAAAUCAAACAGUUCAUAAAAAUCUAGAUGGCUUACUCUAACCAUCUUCAGCUAGAUCCCAAGAGUCAAAUCACUUACCUAUGUUAUUGUGGAAAAUGAGUAUGAAGAGCGUGUAUAUUUCUGUCUUACAGUGGUGUAUAUUUUACAGAAUAUUUCAUUUAUUUCAGUGUUACAGGAGUUUUCUUCAUGAUAUGCAGCGGACAAGCCCAACCGCUCCAAAAAAACAAACAAAUCCCAAACAAACCCCCCUCUCCCCCUCCCGAGAAUCUCCUUCCAUAAUGUGAGCAAUAUUACCUCGUGUUGCAUAUAAUUGAUGUAGAGGAAGUAUUAGCUGUUGAUGGCUUUACUGUGCACUACUUAAUUUAUUUUUGUGUUCUAUGUGUAUCUUCAAACCAUGGUCAGGAAUUUUUUUGCUGAAUUUGCAUUUCUAAACAAAUGUCUUACAGUGUGGCCAAGUGGAACCAUGCUGUUGCCAUGUGCAAGUGUCAUUGUGGUUUUGCUAGAUUUCAGGAGUUGAGGAUGCUGGUGUAGAUUUAACAUGGGUGUGUUGAACAAGGAUCUGCAUUUAUCUUGUUUUCCCUAAAUUUCCCCUGGAACCUUGUUUACAUAGUCACCUUGUCACCUACAUCGAUUGACCAAUCAGCCCUCACAGAGAGGGCUGAUCACAACACCUUGUUCUAGCGAGUCCUUCAGCCACCCAUUGGCCAGGCUUGUCAGUGGCACCAGACACCUGAUCGGCAUAGCACACCACAGCCCAGAACCCCGAGCUCAAGCGAUCCGCCGGCCUCAGCCUCCCAGGUAGCUAGAAUUACAGGCACGUGCCACCUUGAGUGGUUGUUUAUAUAGCAUAAAUCUCAAAAUAAUGGUGACGUUUGUCAAUGGUCUGGGCUAAUUGUUCUUAGAGAUGAUUUUUUCAGGGAAUCUGUUUUAAGGUUGGUUUGAUGACCAAAUGCCAUGGAGGAAUAUCACUUGUUUGACUUUUUUUUUUUUUAAGCUGUUUCUUUCAAAUGCCCAUUGUCCAGCCUCUCUCUCUGUCUAUAUUCAGCUGCUGAAGUGCUUUCCCUUUAGUUGGGGAAAGCAGGUGCUUCCACAGUAUGCAUUGGUUCCUGACAGGCAUAUGUGCAUCGUGGGGGAUCUUGUAGGCUGCAAAAUAAUUCAUCUCUGUCUUAAAUUUUGUCCUUAGCUGCAACUAUACCAAAAACCUUUUAGGGGAAUGUAAGUAUAUGAAAGGCAAAAUACUAAACCAAAUGUUCUAAAUAAGUUAGACUCACAAUAAAGAACACUCAUGGAGUGAAACAGCUUAAAGAGGCAUAAAGCUAAUCAAAACAUGAGCAAAGUUGUGGAUAUGCCAAACUGUGGGUCUAUCUCUCUUCUUAUGCUGGCAUAAAUCCUUGAAUAGUUUUGUUGAAGCUUCUGAAGUUACGCUGAUGUGAAACAGGUAAGAGAUCAGAAACAGGGGCACAAAUCAAGCAGUUCAUUUGUGUGUGAACUGUUGCAUUUGCCCUCUUCACAUGGUAGUCUGUGCCCCACGUAUACCAGGCGUUAGAACUCUAAAUCCAAAUAUCAGUUCUGUUUUUGGGACCAUUACACUACAUCAGCUUCUUGCCAAUGUAACAAUAUGUCUGAUUACUGACACUACGAUAUGAGUGAAGUCAUCUUUAACAAACAAACAAACAAAAAAAAACAACACACAAAACAACCUGGUAAGAGUAUCUAUUUCACAUUUGUUGGAAGUAGAUGAUAGUCAAGAAUCAGGCUGUGCAUGGGAAUAAGACCGUUUGUGGGAACUGCACACAUCUCAAACAUAUGGCAGUAAUAAUAAUUCAUCCAUAGAUCUCAAGGUGCCCACUGUAUAGACGGUGAAACUGAGGCAUGGAGAGGUCACCCAGAAAGUCAGUGGCAGAGUCAAGGUAUGGAACCCUUGUCUCCCGCGGUCCCACUCCAGUGCUCUAGCCUCUAUGCACAUUGCCUCCCCUAAGGAGGAGAAAUCAAAUGGAGGCACUUGAUAUUCAGCACAAGCAGUGGCCUAUCUCAUAAUAAAGAUGCUGUCCUGUAGUAGUUUGAAAGCCUAAACCCCUGAAAUCAGAUUGGUAAAAAUGCUUGCCUGGCAUUAGUCACUCUCCCCUCCGAUCUGAUAUUGCUGCUUUUUGCCUGUCAAUUCACUGGAAGGCCUCAUGCUUUUAUAACCUUCACCUUUCCUGCCUUGUGUCGCAGCCGCCUUCCUCCUUUACCAAGAACUGGAUGGGAUUCCCUUUGAACCCUUCUUGGCCAGAUGGAUCACUGUUGAGAGCACAAGGCCCUGUCUCUGCUGCACUCCUACAGAGGAUAAAACAAGGCAAACUAAAUCCCAUGUUUUCCUCUCUAAUAUUCUAGGACCUACCAAAUUGAUCCUAUGGGAGUAAAAUUUCUCAGGUUGGGCUCUGAGGGUACUGAUUAGGUCUCAAGCUAUGAGAUGCAUUCUGUUUGUUAAUCAGAUUUCUGUGUAUCUCUAGUGUGCUAAGAAAAUGUAUCCUGUCUGGUCUCAGAAAAAAUGUCAGUGAUUUAUUUUGAUGUAAUUGAAAUCAGUCAAAAUUUACUUUGCUCGAACAAUAACCUUUCCAAAAGGUAUAUGAACUGAGAAGAUAAAGGCAUUUUAAUUAAAUAGCAUAGAGAUUGUGGCUGUCCCUGAACCUAAUGUUUUCCUCCACUAUAUUAAGAGCUUUUAGCUAGAAUUUUAGCACCAAUGCAUUUUCACCAGGAUAGUUUUAACAUUUUCUCAUUGUACCAGGAGAUAUUAUUUUGCAAAGAUUUGUGCCCAGUGGAAGCAGUGCAUUUAUAUAUGCAAUUAUUUAUAAAUAUAUGUAAUUCACUGGUGUGGCUGCUCAUCAUUGCUGGCACUGACAUGUAGGUUUUAAUUUAAAUGGCUUUUGUUGUGUUAUCAAAUGCUGACAUCCUUAUGCUCCAAAGAGUUUUCUGUGUUAUGUCAUAUAUGUGCUGCUUAUGUAUCACAGCAACCAGAAAUGGUUACGCUAACUUAAUGCUUUGUACAUAGAAAUAUUGUGCUGGUCUUAGCGUUAAUUAUCCCAUCCUUUUGUGAAAAAUGUGAUGUACUGGGCUGAUACUUUUUAGCUGCAGAACUGGACUGUCAAUGAGUGUUUUUAUUGAUGCUGUACUUACUCUCAGCAAUUGUGACUGAUUGGUGUGACAUUUUAGAUUCCUUAUUGUGGGGAAUAGACAGUGAUGAAUGUAUUUGCUUUCAGCAAUUUUCCUGUAAGUGAAUCUAAAUUUAAAAAUACUUGAGCUGUACUGGUCCUGAAAAUGAAAGAUAUUUAUUUUAAUGAAUAAAAUCCAGGUAUUGUUGCUUUUUACAGCACAAUUAAAAAGGAAUACCAAAAAAUAGA